CAAAGUUUUAUAUAAACCUCUUUCCCAUAUUCAUUUCUCACACUCAACACACAAAAUCUCUUUUUUUUCAUCUCUCAGCUCUCAAUAUUUAUAAUAUGAAGUUCCUUUCUGCUGCAAUUUUCUUGCUCCUCCUGCUUCUUGGCACAGGGAUGGGGCCGAUGGUAACAGAGGCAAGAACAUGCGAAUCUCCAAGCCAUCGCUUCAAGGGGCUGUGCUUCAGUAAGAACAACUGUGGCCAUGUUUGCAAAACGGAGGGCUUCCACGGCGGCCAUUGCCGGGGAUUCCGUCGCCGCUGCUUCUGCACAAAGCAUUGUGUUUGAGUUGAAUGUCAAUGAUCUAAAAUCAGUUGUCUAUCAGUAAAAGUAGACACUCCAUAUGGGAGCUGGGAGCUCUUUGGGCGUGCGUUUAAACCAAUAAAAUUUGCCCUAUUUUGUCUGUCAUUGUUUCCUUUUCUUUUUUAAAGUUUUGCAGCUUUUGUUUGUUGUGCAAGCUUUACUUCCUAUUUGCUUUGGUUUUGGUUUGAAUUAAUGUAAUGUUUAGUUCAUAUUAUAUAUCUGUGUAUUUAUUUGA